AUGGCUUCAUCUUCAUUAAAGGCUGGAAGGUUUUUCUUACCCCCAGAGACUGCCCGUCAUGCAGCGACCAUUCUCGGAUUCCCAUCCCAAGUCUCUAUCGCCUCGAGGUACUACGAAAGCGCAUGUGUCGACAUAGCUAAUCUGACCUCUGUCAUUUCGGUCCAUGAACCAGUUCGACUAUACACGCGCCCGGAAGAUAUCCACAAAGCAAAGUCAAUGGUCAGCCAAGCUAUCACCAAAUACCCAAGUAACAUCUCCAACAUCGUUGUUAUUCCGUUCCCGACAAAUCAUCUCUGGGUGCGCGACACAGGCCCUGUCUAUGUACGUGGCGUUGGCGAAUCCAUCAAGCAACGUUUCGCAAUCAACUUCCGUUUCAGUGAAUGGGGGAGAAAAAAUGAUAUUGCCCACCACGAACGGGCUUCCAAUGGGCCUGAUGAUUGGCCUGUGAUGACACCUGAAAAUAUCGAAGAAAACACAAGUUUUGCCCGCAAGGUUGUCUUGGCGGAUGCCUCCCCGUCUCUGGUGACUCUAGUGGAAUCAAAGCUUUGUUUGGAAGGUGGUGCACUAGUUGUGGAUGGGGAAGGUACACUUCUGGCCACUGAGAGCAGCAUCAUCAACGAAAAUCGCAACCCGGGUCUUUCGAAGACCGAAGUUGAGACAGAGCUACGACGUCUCUUGGGCGUUGAGAAAAUUAUCUGGUUCCCCGGCAGAAAGAAUUUGGAUGUCACUGAUGUGCAUGCUGAUGCUGAAGUCAACUUUAUCCGGCCCGGAGUUGUCGUCCUCUCGCGACCCCAUUCUAGUGUGCCAAGGCCAUGGUUAGAUGUUUAUGAAGAGAUCAAAGAUAUUCUGGGACAGUCAGUCGAUGCGAAGGGUCGUCCUUUUGAGGUACACACAGUAGACGAGCCAGACCCGAAGGUCUUUGGGGUCUUGUCUUGCAGUGACCCGGCGACCAACUAUGUGAAUUUUUAUUUCGUCAACGGGGGGCUUAUACUUCCACAGUUCGGCGACAUUCGGCGAGAUCAGGAAGCACUGGUACUGUUUCAAAAGCUGUGCCCUGAUCGCGUGGUUCGGCCUGUGUUAAUGUCUGCACUUCCGUUGACUGGGGGGGUUAUCCACUGCGCAACACAACCAGUUCUUUCUGUGGAUGAGUGA